GCUUCAUUUCUCUUAAACACACAUCAGUUCUCAGACACAGAGAAACUCGGACACAAUGACUGAAAUCAGGAUUAAAAUGUCUUUAUUUCUGAUACUCGGGCUCCAGAUCACAGAAGUGACGGGACAAUAUUCCUCCUCCGUCUUUGUCAGAGAUGGAGAUGACGUCACUAUGUCCUGUGAAUAUGUGUUCGAUGGUCAGGAUGAAUGUGACAGUACUUACUGGAUCUUAAGUGGUUCAAGAAUCACACACCUGGUUAAACAAGGGAAGAUUGUUAAAGAUGCCGACCCUAAAUCAGACAGACUGAGUCUGACACAGAACUGUUCUCUGGUUCUGAAGAAGGUCACAGCUGGAGACACUGAUCACUACAACUGUCGACAGUCCAGAUCAGGACAAUAUGAUCUAAACACUCUGGUUUAUCUGUCUGUUGUUACCAUGACUGAACAGAAGGACGGUGAUGAGGUGAAGUUCACCUGCUCUGUAUCACCUCAUGUAUAUUUCACACACACAGUGAAGUGGCUGCAUGAGCGUCAGAAAGUGGAUGAAGGCAACACAGACAUAAAGACAUCACAGUCUAAGAGCUCAGCUACUGUCACGUUUCCUUCCUCUUAUCUCAAGAAGCCAAAGUAUCAUGAGAUGUUUCAGUGUGAAGUGACGGAUGGUUACGAAGGAAAAGAGUUGCUCACCUUCAGUGCUCCGUCCUCAGGUGAGAAACCAGGUGAGGACAGGACAACAAGUGUCCAAACAACAACUGAAAACAGGAAGAAUUCCCGGAUGGAGCCGGCAGCACCUGACCACAGUGACACGUCACCUAGACAACCAGACUGGUGGUUAUACGUCGCUGUAGCCGGCGGUUCGGCAGCACUCCUGGUAAUCAUCGUGGCGCUGAUCAUAUGGAAGAGAGCGAAAGGGAGGAAACCACAGAAGGAUGGAGACACAGAAAAUGCAGAGCAGGGACAAGGAUUAAACUCUACAGAGACCCAGUCGGCUCCAGGAAGCAGCCAGGACACGGCUGAUCCUGACGACGGGGUUUCCUACGCCUCCAUCAGCUACACCAAGAAGACCGACAGUAGAGCCCAGGUACGAGUCAGAGACGACGAUGAUGAUGAUGAAGGCGAUGCCGUGACCUACAGCACCGUGAAGGUUUCUUCCUCCUCUGCUGGAGCCUCCACUGAUCCCAGCGACGUCUACGCCAACGUCAACAAGACAGACGGAUAAGACGCCGCGCAGCUGAGAACCGUUUCACCGGCUUUGGAUAUUUGUUGCUGUUUCAGAAUGAACGAGACUUCACCACCUUCACCUGUCAGAUAGAUCCAGAGGGGACAGAUCUGUCAGAUAGAUCCAGAGGGGACAGAUCCGUCAGUUAGAUCCAGAGGGGACAGAUCUGUCAGUUAGAUCCAGAGGGGACAGAUCUGUCAGUUAGAUCCAGAGGGGAUGGAUCUGUCAGUUAGAUCCAGAGGGGACAGAUCCGUCAGAUAGAUCCAGAGGGGACAGAUCCGUCAGUUAGAUCCAGAGGGGACAGAUCCGUCAGAUAGAUCCAGAGGGGACGGAUCUGUCAGAUAGAUCCAGAGGGGACGGAUCUGUCAGAUAGAUCCAGAGGGGACGGAUCUGUCAGUUAGAUCCAGAGGGGACGGAUCCGUCAGAUAGAUCCAGAGGGGACAGAUCCGUCAGAUAGAUCCAGAGGGGACAGAUCUGUCAGAUAGAUCGAGAGGGGACAGAUCCGUCAGAUAGAUCCAGAGGGGACAGAUCCGUCAGAUAGAUCCAGAGGGGACAGAUCCGUCAGAUAGAUCCAGAGGGGACAGAUCCGUCAGUUAGAUCCAGAGGGGACAGAUCUGUCAGAUAGAUCCAGAGGGGACAGAUCUGUAAGAUAGAUCUAGAAGGGACAGAUCUGGAGGGAGAGGGGGAAGCAGCAGAGUAAUUUCCAGGACAGAUUGCUGUAAAAUGCUAAUUGUCCAGAAGUGGGUGUAGUAGGUUCAUUAGUGUGUAAAAAGAUGAAGCGAUCACUCUGCGCUCUGAUCACUCUUUAUACGUCAGCUUUCUGUGCUUAUAACAUUCAGCCACUGGCCACUUUAUUAGGUACACCUUCUCAUUAAUGCAGAUAUCUGUCCUGAUAUUUAUCCUUUAUUGUCAUUGUGUGAAGACGUGAUUAAACAGGACGUAUUUUUAACAUUCA